AUGGCUGCUUUCAAUAGAUUUCUAGUUGGCCUUGUCAUAGUAUUCUUGGCUUAUUCUCCCUCUUCCUCUGCAUUACACUUUCUGUUGAUUCAUGGUAGCGGUCAUGGGGGCCACAAUGUCACGGCUUUGGAUUUAGCUUAUUCUGGGAGAAAUCAAGUGCCACUCGAAAGAGUGCACACCAUUGAUGAAUACCAUAAACCUCUAUCCAAAGACAUGAAGUCUUUAUCUCCUGAGGAUAAGCUCCUGCCACGGCCAGAUCAACUAGAUGACAGUUUCGUUAUUGGAGAUCCUAUAAGAAUUGUGCUCAUUGGGCCCCACUUUGCAGCAACCCUGCUCUACCAGAAUUCUCCGCCAGAGGAUCUGAAACUUGCAAAUUAUUCUUUAAGGUUAACUCAGUUCUUCUAUGGAGAUGUGGCAAAUAGACAAAUUCGGGUUACAAAAGAGAGGUAUGGAUCAGUUCCUCGAGCCUAUGUUAUUGACUUGGAGGAUAAGCUAAUUACUCCUGAAGCGCAAAGGCUUAUGAUAGCGAGGACUCCUCCACAAGUGGUGAGGCAAAUCCGAGGGCAGACCAUAUGGUUCAAUUUUCUAAACCUCGAGAAUUUGCCAACAAUUUGAUUGAAAUAGGUGGGUUGUUUGAGUCGUU